AUGGCAACGCUUGACGCUGACGCAGAGGAGGAAGUCGCCGAUCGUCUGCAGUACAGUUUCAGUGCCGACGGAGACUUGCACUUCCGGGACAAAGGUCACACCUCCCUGAUCGUUUCUGGGAUCCUGGAUGGAGAGUCCACCGGGUUUAAACAGCUGGUGCGGGACAGGGCUGCUGAAAUCGCGUUGAAAUCUGAUGCUGCAGAUGACCUUGAUCUUGACAGGCACGCCGAAGUUUUAGGCAUUCUUCAAGGAUGGAGGAAGACGGGAGAGAACUGUGACGUCAUUCUGUGUGUUGGUGAGCGGGAUAUCCCAUGCCACCGCGCGGUAAUGGCUGCCGGAAGUCCGUACUUCAAACUGCUGCUUCUCGGAGGCUUCGCGGAGAGCUGUCAGGAAAGGGUUCGUCUCGAGGCGGUUUGUCCCGAAACGGUGGAGCAAAUCGUGUGCUACGUUUACAGCGGGCGCGUGACGGUGUCACGUGACAGCGCGGAGGGACUGCUGCACGGCUCCACCAUGUUCCAGCUGCCGGCAGUCACGGAGGCCUGCUGCCGAUUCUUCCUGCACAGUCUGGACCCGGGGAACUGCUUCGACAUCAGGGCGCUGGCCGAGGCGUACUACUGCACGGAACUAGCUAAAGACGUCACAGGGUACGUCAUGAACAACUUUCCCGCCAUUUCUCACACGGAACGAUUUGAACGCCUGACCUGCGAGGAGCUGGUCGAUGUCAUCACGAGUCAGACCUGCCAUUGGUCGAAGGAAACUCUGCUGGAAUCCGUCCUAAGAUGGGUAAAAUCGUCCAAAGAGGAGCGACUUGGAAAUCUACCGGAAUUGCUUUCCAAGCUAGAUCUAAGAUUGAUCAAAGAAACGUACUUUGAAAACGUGGUUCAAAAAGAGCGCGUCCUGACCGAAUCUGAAGAAAGCGCCAAGAUUGUCGCCGACGCUAAGUCGGCGAUAGAAGAACGGAAACUGGAGUCAGGUGACUCUCGUGAGAUCAUUGUGCAGGUUGGCGGGCUGAGCGGCAGUGAGAGGGUACAGCAGACGGCGGGGGUGUACGGGAACGCCACAGACAAGGUCACGGAGGUGGACUGCCUGGACCCGGACUCCAUGCGCUGGGCGUCCCUGACUCACCUGCCGGGUCACCUGAAGUACUUCACGCACAACGUCACUGCGCUGGACGCCGACGUCUACGUCCUGUCCACGUCCGAGGACGAGCAGGUGACGGAAAUGUGGCGCUACAUGACGCAAACUAACGUCUGGGCCAGACUCCACAACCCACGUCACCACCACAGGGCGACCGUCGGCAUGGCAACGCUGGAAGGACGAGUCUACGUCAUCGGGGACCGCCUGAAGGCCGGCACUGACGUCACGACCAAUGAGGCUUACUCUCCCUCCAUGAACCAAUGGGAGGCCGUGCCUCACGUCCAUGUCAGCGUGUUCAAGUUCACCAUGGUAACGUGUGGCGGGAAACUCUACCUGAUCGGCUACUCUGGGGACGACGGCAUCGUCCGUGUGCAGACGUACAGUCCUGGGGACGAGAACUGGCAGGUUGUUGUUUAUUUGUUUAUACUUUUAGAUAUAGUUUGGCUAUUCAAAACGCACAGCCAGGGCUGCCCAACUACCCUGUGGCUAUUUACAAAGGGCUAACCCUGCUGACAAAGAAAAAGUCAUUACGAUGGAAUUUGAUAUGGACAGCUUAACACACUGAAGCAGACAUUCAGACCUCACAGAGUAUGCGGCAUGGAAAGGGGGAACAAUCUACUAGAAGGCGGCUACAGUGGUCGUUGAC